GUGUUAACGCUCGGCUUUGGUGACAUGUCGGAUAUUAAAUAUUUGUACGGCCUCCUAUCCUUUCUGUGUUUCGUUCUGAUCGUCUUAUGCAACGGCGCCGUCAUCGCUAUUGUAGCUCUACACCAAAGUUUGCACGAACCUAUGUAUAUUUUCAUUUCCGUGCUGUGUUUGAACGGGUUGUACGGAAGCAGCGCUUUCCUCCCCAGUCUUUUUGUAAACUUGCUUUACAGAACUCAAACCGUAUCCUACGCCGGGUGUCUGACGCAAGUGUAUUGUAUUCAUACUUAUAUGGGGUGUGAGUUAACGAUCCUAACCGUGAUGGCGUUUGAUCGUUAUGUAUGCAUCUGUAACCCUCUCAGGUAUAAUUGUAUUAUGUCCUUAAAAACGGUCUUUAAACUUGUUGUCGCAGCCUGGUUGUACACACUAACUUUGUUUACUACCCAUUUUAUUUUGACUGUCCGACUUCCUUUGUGCGACUCGGCCAUCCUGAAGAUCUAUUGUGAUAACUGGUCUGUCGUGCGGCUCUCCUGCGCCGACACAAGCGUCAACAACAUUUUUGGACUGUUUAUCACCGCGGCGUUGAUUGGAUUGAUGCCGGUUCUUAUCGUGGUCUCGUACUUUGAGAUUUUGAGGGCGUGUGUGAAAUCCUCGAGGGACUUCCGAUCCAAAGCCUUGCAGACCUGCACCCCUCACCUGAUAACCAUGGUUAACUACGUGGUCGAUGUCCUUUUUGAGAUACUCCUCCACCGGUUUAAACCUACAAGCGUCCCCUACGAGCUGAGGGUGGUAAUGUCCCUGCAAUUCCUCGUGGUGCCACCGCUUCUAAAUCCUAUCAUUUACGGUCUAAAAAUUAGAAAAAUUAGGUUCCGGAUCGUUCAGCUUAUCCACCCAAAACGAAUCACCGUACAGGCAGCAAGUAUACGGAUCGCUUAA